CUCACACACUCCGGCUCCGACGUGGGUUCAAAGGGGGGCCGUAUCCGAGUCAGUGCAUUGAAUUGGCCGGGCCGUUGGUUGGGUCACCUUGGAAAUGUGUAUGUAAUUGUCGUGUGAAGGAUGGGAGACUGCAGAUGAACAUUUGUGUCCCGUCAGCGAUAAUGCACGAGAGGGUUCUGACAACCUGAACGGCCGGCUACUCGGCCUGCAGAACCGAGGAUCAGGGGUACCUGGAGCAUGGAGCCUGGAGGGUAUCACAAAUAAUGCCUGGGUCCUAUAACAGAAGGCCCUGUCAGUCAAAGAGGAGUUUUGUUUGGGUCGAAUAUCCAUGAUCUGACCCUUCAAGGGUUCUUGGGAACGCUCGCUAUCGCUGUCUUCUGCAGAACAAGCUUUUGAGUUAUAGAAAACGUUUUCUUACAUGAGUUUAAGACGUAACUAUGACUUGCUCGACCUGAACUGAAUCUGUGUAAGUGGCAGGGAAGUUGACCUGUCACGAUCUCUAUAAAUCCUUCGUCUUUUCGAGCAAUUCCUUCGGUUUCCCAUCAAGUAACUAACACUACAAUUCUCUUGUCCGUUACCUUAUACUACAUCCAACCUUCCUCCUCAUCAGCUCCACACACAACGCGCACAUCGUGUAAUACCUGGCAUGAAGAAGGUAUCCGUUCUGCGUCGCACCUUCCCAAACACCUUACUCCCCGUGCAGGACAGGGCAGGCGCAGGGUUGGCAGUUACCUAGGCACAGUAUCUGUCUGUGGCAUCCAGUCCAUUCGUUGUCCUAGGAAAGUGCGGCUGCCUUCCGAAAUGACGCUUUCCUCUGUUUCAUACGGUUGACUAAUUCCGCCUGUAUUUGAUCCAUCCCAAGAAACUUUCUUCACAAGGCAACUUACUCGCGGCCGAACGUAGAUCAGGGCUGAAUAUGAGCUAUACAACAUUUCGAUAUGAAUUGCCAGGGCUGAGCAAGCCACACAAACUAUUAUGCAAGCCCUGCCACUACAUAAUCGAUUGUCUGUUUCACAAGAGGAGAAGCAGCUCCGGGAUAACUGCACUUUGCAUAGGGUGAAGGGGGAUGUAUUCCUUUUCCUUUCGGAAGUGACGUUGGCUUUCGACCAACGACUUGUCUGCACUAUCUCGGUCGACGAGCACGAGUUGUUCACACUCUGCAGCAAACUCAACGCCAUCAAAAAAAGAUGUCACCGCCGAAAAGAGGAAACAAGACCCAGAAACAGUGACGUCGAACGAAAGGGCUAAAAAAGACUACCGCCACGAAGACGGCAGCGAUAGAUGGACAUGGUUUAGCCCACAAAAAACCGUUGUCUUUCCCGUCCGUCAUGUUCAAUCCUAACGACGCCCCCCCCAAAACGACAUAUCAGCUCAACGGCCAACAACCACAUCCGGCUUCAUUAGUCCCCAAUUCCCUCGAAACGUCUUAGCUUCAGCAUCCAACGUGAAUCCCUUUAGCCCAGGGUCCUCUUUUCCCAGGCGUGGCAUACAUUUUCGUUGGGUGGGCUACAGGCUUGCGGCCCCUCCCCCCUGGUUGUAGCCAGCCACCCCCCCGCUCCUCGGUUGCGAACUUGGAUCAGACCACCAUAAUACAGACAUAUACAUACAGAAUUGUGUGGUCAUUACGCGGUCUGAUUUGGAUCAGAAGCCAUCCGUACCUGGUUGGAGUGUUCCUGUCAAAAAUACCAAAUCAAUGGAACCAUCUAGUUACAGUUAUCAUCUCCGUGCUGCUGGAUCCGAAACAACCGGGCCACGGUACGAAGUCAUAGCAAAAUGAAGAAGCUUGUGGUAUCAUCUAGUAUCACGAUGGCCGUGCCUCAGUCACCUGGUCGUUAUUCCCAGUAUGCCCAGUGAGCUUCUCGAGUUACGAGUGGUCCUUCUUUCGAUGAGCCACCUGAAUACCUGGGCUGGUCGAGCUGUGGCACUUGACAGAAUGGACUCUUGGCUUUUAUGAGAUAACGGUUGAAUAUCGUCCUUCAAUCUGCAGUUUAGAACGGGCAAGAGCCUUGCGGAGUGGCCCGGAUAAUCUAGUUUAAGAAGAUCCAGAUCUGACCGCUCACAAUUGUUACUACAACAUGAUUCGGCAUCGCGCCAAACUGACAGAACUCGGAGAACGACACUGACAGGGAAGAUAUAGGCGCCUCAAACAUGCACCCUUUCGCGCUUGACAUGUGAGCGGUAGGGCUUGUCAAGCCAAGAUGUCCAAUAAAGGCUGGAUGGGCAAGGUCUCGAUAUGCCGAUCACUUUACAGAGCACGAAUGCCCGAAGUACCACUUACAGUCGGUCCCCGUCCCCUUCCCGGACCUAAUCCCAGUCCCGGUUUCCUGUCUCCUCCCCCCCCAAAGGAGUCCACCUAUUUCCCAGGUCCAUUUCCAGCUCAGGUUUCCCAGAAGCUGUCCCCAAGUCCCCCUUUGGGCGGUAAAGGCGGGGGCACUGGCCAAUUCGAUUGUCGAGUUAAUGCAAACACAAUCAGGGCGUCGACUUGAAUCCACACAUGGCUCCUCCAUCAUUCAGCAUUGGCUUUCCCACGGCCACGGAUUCAAACCAGCCACAUCUUCCUAUUGGAAGCCUAAUAGUUCACGUGGGGAAGGGAAGAGAAGCUUGUCCUGCUUUGACACAACACCAUCAGGUUGCCCUAUGUUAUUUUUGACAAAACAGAUCUCACCACAUCCUAUAACUAGGGCGAAUGCGUGAGCACGCCAGAGUGUAGUCAUCAAGGGCCUCGAACCAUAUUACCGCUCAGGCCUCGGGACAACUUUGGAUGUCCCCGUGACUAGUCACUCGACUCUCACAGCCUCAGGGGAAGAGGUGACAGACGGAGGAGGGGAAGGAAAGGGGCCGGAGGCCGAAGUACGAGAAAAGGGAAGACCACCACGAGGAUAGGCAGUCGAUAGUGCGGCUGAAGAGGGAACCUCAGGUACGCGGAGCGGCAGUGAGGAAGACCUUGAAUGCCGUUAGUGGAAACGAAAGGCACGGCCACUCAUUCGCUCAUCAUCUGAGAAAGAAUUAAGGGCCUGAAAAGACAUUCGAUCCGUCACCUAAUAGGUGACCGAUUGUCUCGUGGUGCCGAGAAAUCUCUUCGGUGGGGUGACAUUUUAUCUUGUGUUUGGUGGGAGCACGAGACUACCGUACAGUAUCGCCCCUCCUGGACUGGAAUAGGGCCCUCGAUCUUCUAAUUUGCUUGUUGAAUGCAAAUCGGCGUCCGUGGCGCUAGAACUAUUGAGCAGGUUCUAGUGACGUCGAAGUCUGCGGCUUCAAAUUGCUGUAUAAGCAGUCGGGUCCCUUAAACUACCAACCUCCGUGGUGAAGUACGGUGCCGGCCACGGGCCCAGGCCGACUGAAUCAACGGAAGUUGUUUAUCAAGACGUUCACUGAUCGAAGCUCGAUCGCACUUCCACUCGAUAUCAUACCUUGAUCCUUAGAUCACAAUCGACGACCAGUUGCUAUCAAAGUGACAGCCAGGGCACGCCUGGUUGCAUAGACAAAAGCGAUACCCAGCCCACUCCUCCAGACAUCUAAACACAAGAGCCGGACGAACACUCAAGUGGCUACGCAGAUCCAGAAUUUGCUGCAGCCUCCGACUUCCAAUCCCACCAUGGCGGGGGAUCACAACGAGGACCAGUCAUUCUAUGACUUUCUCAUAGAAGAGCCAGAGGUACGUUAAUUGGCGACGAGGCGACGGUGGAGAGUAUCCUGCUGCCCCUUGUGCGAUGUGAAUUAAAGUUGAAGAGGUAAGUUUGGCCAGUUGGAGAUAUCCUGUCGAGGUCAAUGCUCAAUAGCAUGUCAUGGUUGCAGCAAAGCACCUGAGACAUGUCAACACCAUGCAUCAGGCCAGUGGCUGAGUCUCGAUCCAACUGGUGUCCGGCUCGAUUCCGUCUCUCCCGAAGAAUGACUCGAGCUAUUGAAUCAUGGUUUGUUGUCGCGCCCUGGUAUUCAAUGGUACCACAAAAAAACUCGUUUAGAAGAGGCCAAUUUUCGCAAAAGUUUCCUCGUCGAACGAGACGCAUUCAAUUCAAUAGCUCAGGGGCAAAAGAACCGAUGGGGAAAAAGAGCUGAAGCGAGUCGAGACCACGAAGAGACAGUAGAGUGGCAAUUUUGAGACAGAGAACAGGAGAUGAAAGAGAAGAGUGAACAAUUAGUGAAGAUGGAAUAAAGUCUAACGUUUGGCGUUUCCGUUGGAGCAGAUGAUAGCGCCGGCGCCACCCGGUCAUUUCCCACAUCAACAGCCCAUUUCGUCGCCGAAUCGAACCAGCCGCGAUGCGCCGCCGCGGCCAGAACCGACCGAAAUCGAGACCCACCACCACGCGAAUCCAAACGCAAAUCAUCACUCGGGUCCGGUGACCUUACCGGGCCCGGUACUCGGAAUGCAACUGCCGGGCACCGUUCCUGAAUCGUCACGUGCACAAUCACGCGCUCAUCUUGAAAUUGACCUUGAUAUCGACUUACACGCGCAGCAACACCCACAUGGUUCCCAUCUUUCUCACGGUGCGCAUCCCCAGGCGCACGGAAUUCAUGGUCACGGCCAUGGCCAUGGAGCUCAUUCAGCUCAGAGUUCAGCGGGUCUUCCGCCCGCUGGGUUUGCAAGUCACAUCCCUCCCGCCUCUUCUGGCCCAAUGUCGAUGGAUUGGAGCAUGUACCAUGUUCCUCCAAAUUUGCAGCUAAAUCACCCUCAGUUUGAUUUCGAGAUCCCAGGGCAUAUGGGCGUUGUUGGGCAUUCGAAUCAUCUUUCGCAUGCGCCGACAGAUCCAGCCUCGUUUUCGUACGGAAGCAAUCUCGUUUCACCUUCAAGCAUUCACCCGAAUAGUGCCCACUUCGAUACCGGCGUUCCAAGUCAAUGGGACGAUUCUAUGAGCCAUGAUGCCAGCACUCCAAAAGUGCGGACCCCCGUUCAUCAUGUUGCUAGCAACCCCUGGGCCGAGAUAGACGAGCCUACAGGAGACAAUAAUGCGACACCGGCUUCUCGUCCACGAAAGACUCCUCGACCAAGACGACAAAAGAAAGAGGCUCGCAAACUAUCGGACGCUUCCCAGGGGGCUAUGAGUAGCAGUACUGGUGGGACAGCACCUUCGAUAUCCGAUGCUGCCAGUCCCAGUUCUGCAUCGCAGAACAGCCGUGCCAGUAUUGGCUCCAAAUCCGUGUCCAUGGCCUCGACAGCAUCGACAACAUCUAGCCGCCAAAGCAAGCUCCGCAGUGCUUCUCGGACAUCCAAAAACAGUCGAGACAAACCCAACGAUACUCCCGAAGACCGUCGAACACGAGCCUCUCAUAAUCUCGUCGAGAAGCAAUAUCGAAAUCGUCUCAAUGCUCAAUUCGAAUCUCUCCUCAGUGCGCUGCCCGACCAAGCCCGCCAUGGGGAAAGUGGCAGCGGCAAUGGAAACGAGGAUAACGAAUCCGACCAUGCAAAUGAUGCUGACAGACGUGUCAGUAAGGGCGAGGUGCUUGAAAUGGCUCGCAAGCAUAUUCAAGCACUAGAACGUGAGAGAAAUCAACUCGAACUCGAGAACCUUGAGCUUCAGGGCAGCCUGCGACGACUCAAAGAAUCAAAUUCCGAAAGCGCAACAUCCUCAUCGGGCCAAGAGAACUCUGUCGAACCCGACACAAAUAAGGAUCACAAGAGGGAGCGGGAUGAUGAUGAUGAUGAGAAAGAAGGCUCAUAACAAACAACAUAUGAUGGGUAUAGAGAGGCAAGAGUUGCACACUGCAUCCAAAGUUUUUGAGAGUCAGGCUUCUCAAACGAGAUGUUCAUGAACGACUAUCUGUUUGAUAAGUUUGCAUCUCUCUUUAACCGUUCUAUGCCCUCUUCUAUAUUCCUAUCCUUGUUUGAUUAUCCUUUGGCUUGCUUCAUUUGUUCGCACCGCAUGUUGGUCCCAUGACGAUUCGUUUGACGUGAACACUCCUUAUCCAUGCGCCCUAUUACCAGAUGCCCCAUCAAUAUUCGUUUUCAUGUUUUGGUUCUCAAAUUGUGGCAGAUUCAAAAGGGGCGUGGCGCUCAGGCAGUAUCACGAAUGGAAGUGGCUAUGUCCUUUCAUGGGUACUUGCUUAUAUGUUUGGUUGGCCUUAUAUGUUUGUUUUGAUAUUCUUUUUACAUUCCCUCACUUAGACAUGUGUGUUUGAUUGUCCUUGUUACACCUCCUUACCUCAUUACCCAUGCCAUCCUUUCUUUGAACUUACGACUCACAUGACACAAAAGCCUCAACACCCCACAACAGAUAGAGACAUGGGCUUGACUUGAUUGGACUGGACACAUGUUCUGUGUUACAUCAUGUUGCCACGCCUUCUUACUUGAAUCUUCUUCUUUGUCUACAUUGGUGUGGAGCAUUGGGAUUCUAUAUGAGAACUCUACGGUUUAGUGUUUUAUAUGGAGCAAGCACGGGAGGGCAGAAGGAACAAAGACUUUAGAAAAUGGGAAAGGGAUAGACAUGACUUUUGGGCAUGGGUUAUAUGACACUGGCUUCUCAGAGACAUGUCUGUCUAUAAUCAAGUUCAUGGAAUAGACUUAUGGUUGCGGUUUGAAAUUCAUUCCACAAUUAUGCAUGACAAGCAUCUUCGGUUGACCUCCAUAACUUGAGUGUACGUUGGCUCUGCUUCGAAGAAACUAUACAAGAGUCGGGCAUUUAUCCUGGACAGCUAAAUCAGCCAAUGUAAUGAGCAAGGUGCUGUCGUAUACUCUUGGUUCCUGAAUCGUCUUGCGUACCGUGAACCACUACAUUCAAUGCGACCCCUGACGGAUGACAUGCAGGGAUUCAGAGGCAGACAUCAUCUCAAAGAAUGCAUCGUAAUUUUCAGUUGUUCAAUAAGUUGGUCACUUAGCAUGCGAAUUAAUGAAGAUUUGGUUGUUAAACUUUAACAUUUUUUUAGUCAUUUUUAACUUAGUAUAUAUACACAAAGAGCAAGUAAAUGUCUCAAAGUCAGCGCGCUUGGCAGAAAUGCAUUUUUGGCCGUGGUGCCGGUAUGUUGUACAAGAUAGCUUACUGCUAUGUGCCUCUGAUUUUUGUCUAAAUGUUCAUAAAUCCAUCACUCAUCAUAACUGGAAAUAUUGCGCCAGUUGGUUCCCAAAGGUCUCUCCUACAGAGUUGGACCUUGUUCUCACCCGUUGGCCGACCCCCCAGUGGUCGACUCCGAAAAGACAUUGCAGUAAAGAUGAAAAAAUAAAUAAAAACACACCCAAUGCCUUGUUUAGCUUUUGAGUACCGCCCCCAAUGCCCUGAACUGCUUUCUGCAGAUCAAAAGUACGCCUUAAAUGACCUGGUUGCCGGAGGCUGAAGUCAAGGCCUGAAAGCCGGACCAUAGGACCAGAGACCCAAGUAUAGAAUGCCUUUCGCGGCGAAGCUCAAACCCGUACAAAAGAAAUCCGACCAUGGGCUGACACACCCAGGAGCACAGUGUCUUGUGUAAAAGCAGUGUAAAGGAGGCAUAUGCCGCACGUGAGAGAGAUAUGAAACGGAAAUAAAAAGAAAGCUGCCUCAAGUGUUGAGGUCGAAAACAGGUAACAAAUCAACAUGGAGCGAUCAAAUCACUUUAGAUACGAUCGCCAUUGCCCUUGGCAUAUGUACGAGGAAAUAGGGCAUAUUGGCCCACAGGAGGGGCCUGAGUGCUGAGACUUGUUGUUCUAGCACGAGGACGUCGGGUCUUGGGAAGCUCGACAGACUUAGUGUUGUUGGGGAUAUCAUCCCUGACGAUAGACUCGCUUGCGUGGCUCUUGUGGUGAGGCUUCUUGGUAACGGGCACAGAGGGGAAUGGUGUGAGCUCAGGGACUGUGUCCUUCUCGGUGGAGGCAGGAGGAGUAGUCUCUUCUUCGUCGCUAUCAUCGUGUGAUUUGAUGAUCUGUGACUCGCGGAUUGUGUUGUUUGACUCAACCCACUUGUUCAGUGACGUGCUGCUGGUGAGACGAGUCAAGUUAGUCCAGGUGGAGUUGGUAGAGACAUGACGCUCUCCAGUAGAGUCAGAGAGAGAUGUAGAGUUGGUAGCAGUAGUGGAAGUGCUUGCGCGUUGAUGAGACAUCUGAAGAGAGGUGUGACUGGCAGCGUUGCUGACAUCCUCAUAGGGGUGGUUGGGGUCAACGAUACCAUGAACCACAUCAUCCUCACCCGAAUAGCUCUGUCUCUCAGUCUCAUUGAGGAGCAUCUGUUGAUGGUAGUCACCAGGGAUGAGUAGCGAAGGGGACAAGGUAAAGCCAUAUGACUCCUUGAAGCUGGAUGCUCGAGAGUCGUUUCGACAAUGGCUAAGAUUGGACGGGCGGUGGACCUUGUCACCACGUGGGAGCGAGAAGUUAUUGGUCACAGCGACUCCCGUGCUUGGGGUGAUGGCCUCGAAGGCACUCUCCGGCGAGGCCUGACUAGCUGGGCUUAGAGCCGGCAUAUCAAAACGGGACGCGGAAAGCAUACCGGGAGACGACUCAGCAGUGCCGAUGAUCGGUAGCUCCCUCAACUCAUCGUCUUCAAACAGAGCCACUUGAACUCCAGGUGCAUGCUCUCGUCCACCUUCCAACGACGGUCUCUCCCACUCGUAAUCGAAGUUGGCAUCGGCCUCGUGUUCGUAACAGUAGUCGAUAUCAUCCUCCCAACUCUCCCUAAUGGAAUGAGCUUGGCCGUUGUAGUGUCCAGCACUGUGUUGGGCAGCAUCGUUCUCGAGAGUCUGGGAUCCCCGAAGAAGAGGGACCGAUUGGCUAGCACGCAGUGAAGACCUGGUGCUGAUGAUACUCUUUGGUGAUCGUCCAAUGUUUACCAUGUGUUCUUCUUCCUCUGGCACAUCUGGCAAUGGUGGCUCAUAACUUGCGGUUACGGGAAGUGGCCAGGCUGCAUCAUCGGGGGUGGUGAUCGCAUGCGAGAAUCGGUGAUCGUCUACUGGCAAUACUGCCUGUUCAGGGGCCAUGGCGUAACCAUGAGAUGUUGCUGGAGGUCGCUCCAUGAUCUCACUAGGGCUGAAAGGUUGAGGGUGUCGGAACCCACCACUCGUCAGUGGACGAUCAAACCUUGCCACUGCAAGUGCGUCACCAUCUUGCAGGCUGGGCUGUCGGCUUGAGCCUCUUGGGGGUGGAAUAGGGGCACCCAGAGUAGGAGAGUGAAGUGGCUCAAGCGGAGGAGGUCUUGGGGGUCGGACUGGUCGAGGUGGGCUGGUACGGAGCUGCUCCUGGGAUCGAGCGUGCUUGAUCAAUCGACGUGGAAGGUUAGAGGCUCUUGAACUACGGGGAGAUACUUCGUGUUCGACAACGCGGUCUGAGUAGAAGCUGGGUUGGGGGUGCUCCUGUCCAGGAGUACGAGAUGCUGAGUUGGCUGCCUGUUCGCGUGGAGUAUGCGUCACAUGCUGAAAGUUGAAAGGUCCAGAUAUCUGAAGCUUCUUCUGUAGGGCUGUCUCGUCGCGAGAUGAUUUCCGGCGUGCAAAGAUAGUAGGCAUGAUGGCGUCCUUGAAGGUGGUCAAGGAAGUUUCGCUGCUUAAUUCAGUCGAGUACAAUGAACUUCCCGAUGAGCUCUGGGCACUGCUCUCACGUCUUGAGCGUCCUGACUUGCUCGACUUUGCACGGCGAUGGAAGAUGUUCUUGCCCAAUACUUGCACACUGUCGGGUCGGUCUCGAGAAGAAGAAGUUCCGCUAGUCGUAGAUCGUUGGGACGAGUGCCGAGUAAUGCUCAUGUUUUCGAAUCCCUGUUCCCAUCCUCGCUCACUAUUCACAAACGACGAAGACCCAGACGAUACAGCCCGGUGACCUCGAUUAAGGUGAGACGCAUGUUUCAUCUGCUUGCUCAAUUGGCGAAUUCUCUCGGGUGACGGAGGGCCCUCUAUGGCUGGCACCAUGUAUUCGUCCAGAUCGAUGGGUGAGUGCCGGGUGUGGGGGGAUACAUCGCGAUAGCCAUGGGCAUCGUUGCUGGCAUUGGCCUGAGCAUUCUGGUUCGUAUCGCGCCUGGAACGAUCCGACUGGUAUUCUGAGUAAUAAGGCAUUGUAGCAGCCCACAUGAUUACACAAGACCUCCAAGAGGAGGGCGACGGCGGAGCGUGCCCUGUAUGUAAACAAUGACUUGCGAAACUGGCCUAUUCCACAAAUUCUUGUUGUUGAUCUAGACCAGGCAGGGCAGUGAGAUAAAGUAAGGAAUGGAGUAGGUGAGACCUAAAAGAGAGACUUGGGAUAGGGCAGAUCAGAUGCCACGAGGUUUCAAAAACGUAUCGAAAUGAGGGGUGGGAAAGGUCAUCGGGAGAUCAAACAACAAGAUUAUAACAACGAGGAUGCAAUGUACAUAUAAGUUAACAAGAUGAGCGAGAGAUUGAUGCAAUCUUGGGGCAAGGCAGCUUGUACCCUCCCAAAG